AUGGCGGAAAAUGGAAUGCGUGGAGGCGGCCCAGGGUCAUCGGCGAGUGCGAGUGUGAAUGCAGCAGGCAACAGCAACGGAGAGCAUGAAGUAGAACAUAGCGGAGAAAACGAAAAAGCAGUUCAGCCGGCGCGUUUGAACGAAUCUGCCCAAAAAUAUAUGCAGGAGCUUAUGGUUGAGCGGGCGAGAAUGGAGAAUCACUUCCCGUUGGCAGUGAAACUAAUUGAUGAAGCUCUAGAGCGUGUGCAACUGAAUGGACGUAUACCAACGAGAGACCAAUACGCCGAUGUCUACCAGCAGCGCACCAUUAAGUUAUCGCAAAAGGUGCAUGUGCCCAUUAAGGAUAAGAAGUUCAACUACGUGGGCAAGUUGCUGGGUCCAAAAGGGAAUUCUUUGCGCCGGCUUCAGGAAGAGACACAGUGUAAAAUUGUGAUUCUUGGCCGCUUCUCUAUGAAGGAUCGUGCUCGUGAGGAAGAAUUGCGCAAUUCCGCGGACGCCAAAUACGCCCACCUAAAUCUUCCGCUCCAUGUCGAAGUUUCUACCAUUGCACCACCGGCCGAGGCUUACGCGCGCGUAGCCUACGCCCUUGCCGAGAUCAGACGAUACUUAAUACCGGAUAAACACGAUGACAUUCGUCAGGAACAAUAUCGAGAACUAAUGGAAGAUCCCGAGGCAGCAAAAAAGCUAACACUACGACAGCUACAACAAUCUGGCGCUGCUGGCGGCAAUGCAGCAGGCAAUGGCAACAAUCGUACAGGAGGCAAUUACAGGCAAAAGUUUCAGCAGCAAUCACACUAUCACCACAACGACGAGACUGUCUAUUACCGUUCACAUAACAACGCUUAUCAUCAGCCAAAACCUUAUGUGCCCCCAGCUGGCCAACGGGGCAAUGCCAUGCAUGCAACUUUGCCACCUCAAACAAUUGUGCGUGCCUCGCCACCGGGUAUGGUUGUCAGUGCCGCCAGCUUCAAUGGCCGCAGUGCUGGUCUGACCAGCGCGGCAGGCGGCCUUAUGACGAACAGCAUGGUAGCUGCCACGCCUAGCAUGCGCUACCGUCCUGCAGCCCCGUAUCAAUUCGUCAAGAAAUAAUACAGAAGCAAUGCGCCUGUAAUUUGCUAUUCGUUUACUGUUUUGUCAUCUCAUCCAAAUGCAUGCGACCUAGUUGCGCAUGCGCGCCAUUGAUGCGUCGGUCAGGCAUUUGUGUGGCCGAGGCUGAACCACACACUGCUCCAAAGGUAGAUGUAAUAAUUUUAAUGCAUACACACAUACAUACAUAUAAUUUUGAAAAUAUUGAUUUUACCAAGAUUUCGAAAGUUGAAAACAAACCGAAAUUAAUAAACGUAAUCUUAAGAUAUUAGCCUAAGUAGACAAAUGCUCCAAAAACACCCACACACUUAUCCGCGGCAAAAUCUCAUCCCUACACUCAUCCUCACCAUGUUUUAAGUAUUUGGUUUUACAUUAUUUUUAUUUUCGAUACUGUUUAGUACCGACUUGGUUGUCCCUCAUCGCCAAUUUAUGAAAUUUAUCUAAACAGAAAAUAAUCCUGUGUGUUGGGCUCUGUGAGCAUUUGAAUACGUAAAUCUCCUUAAUCCGAAUAGGACGGACUGAAUAAUUAAAAAGCAUUCAGUCAGGUUCGGAUAGUUAUUGUUUUAUUAUUCAUUUGUUUUCAUAACUUCUUAUUUAUACAUACCAAUGUUCUAUACCCACAACAUAUUUUGCAGUUAUACAAAUAUUUCUUUUUCUUUGCUUACAUAUUUUAUAUAAAUAUUAGGAGGCUUCGUAUUUGUUAUGUUUGAAAUCCAAAAAUAAUUAAUAUAUAAAUAUAUACUUAUUUAUAUCCAAACUGCAGAAACUAUUUAGAAAUCGGUAUAUUACAAAAAAAUACAUACUUAUAUAUGAUUUGUAGUAGCAGGUCCACCAAUGCAAUUACACAAGCGAAGCACAUACAACAUGAUUCAUACAUACAAGCAUAUUCAAGCAUAAUUACAUAAUUAUAAACAGCAGCAAAAAUAAAUAAAUAAUAAUGCAUAUGAGUAAAUUGAGAGCGCAUUUAAAAAGCGCGACUAUGACUACGAUAACAUAGCAUACAUACAUACAUACAUAACUUAGUAUACCACAUCAUAUGACAAAAACACAUUGUUAUUGUUGUUGAAAGCAACUAAAAUUGUAAUAGAAUAAAUAAAAAUAUACAAA